AUGACUAUCACCUUUAUCGAAAAUGACGGAGGCAAAGUUGCGGUAGAAGUUGAAGGAGAAGGCCCGCUUGUUGUCUGCUCACCAGGUUUGGGCGACACUCGUGAGGCAUACGCUCCUCUAGCCCAGCAACUUGUAGCCGCAGGCUACCGGGUCGCCCGCAUGGAUCUCCGGGGCCACAACGAUAGCACGCCGACAUUCAGCCGCUACGGCGACGAAGCUUCUGCCGACGACAUAUUGAAAGUCGUCGAGACACUUGGUGGUGGUCCCGUUGUCCUGGCAGGCGCAUCCAUGUCCGCCGCGGCAUGCACCAUCGCAGCAGGCCGGCGCCCCGACCAAAUCGCCGGCAUCAUUCUUAUCGGACCUUUCCUUCGCAAUGGCGCCAGUGCCAUCGUCCGCUGGCUGCUGCACUUCGCCUUUUAUCGGCCCCUGGGGCCCUACCUUUGGCGUUCAUAUGCUGCAACCCUGUGGCCCGGCCUCGGCGACAAGGCAAAGGAGCGUGCAGCGAGCACCACAGCCUUACUACAACGACCCGGGUACUGGUCAGCGUUCCACGCCUCAACUACUGUCGACCAUAGCAUCGUUGCGCCUUAUAUCAGCAAGGUCAAGGCCGCGGUGCUCGUGGUCAUCGGCGAUGCUGAUCCAGAUUGGACUGAUCCGCUGGCCGAAGCGAAGUGGGUUGCUUCCAACUUCACAGACGUGGACACGGUCACAGUGCAAGGCGCCGGACAUGCGCCCCAGUAUGAGCGCCCCGAGAUUGUUAGUCCGGCUGUCUUAGAAUUCUUGCAAAAGAUUCGGACGGGUACCACAUUCAAGAUGCCUAGUGCAUGA